AAUCACGCCUUGUUGUCAAUUCACCCACUGCCCUCUUUCUCUCUCACUUUCGUCAAUCUCUGAUUUGAUCAAUCACCAAUCGGUUUCAGUUUUUCAAAUUUGAUCGAAAAUGAAUUCAAAUCAUUUGCUUCUCGAGGAGCCUAUAAGGAUGGCUUCAAUUCUUGAGCCAUCAAAAUCAACUUUCUUUCCUGCGAUGACAAAGAUAGUUGGGACACUUGGUCCAAAAUCGCGUACUGUUGAGAUCAUUUCUGGUUGUUUGAACGCAGGGAUGUCUGUGGCACGGUUUGACUUUUCAUGGGGUGAUGCUGAAUAUCAUCAAGAGACAUUGGAUAAUCUGAAAGCAGCAGUCAAGAGCACCAAGAAGCUCUGUGCGGUCAUGCUGGAUACAGUGGGCCCGGAGUUGCAAGUAGUCAAUAGAGCAGAGCAUCCAAUUUCCCUUCAGGCAGAUACAUCUGUUGUCCUAACACCAGAUCAAGACAAAGAAGCCACUUCAAAUCUGCUACCUAUAAAUUUUACUGGCCUGUCAAAGGCAGUGAAGAAGGGAGAUACUAUUUUUAUUGGUCAAUACCUGUUUACAGGAAGUGAAACUACUACUGUGUGGCUAGAGGUCACUGAAAUAAAUGGUGAAGAUGUGGUUUGCCUGAUAAAGAAUUCUGCCACCUUGGGUGGGCAAUUGUACACAUUGCAUGUUUCUCAAAUUCGUAUUGACCUGCCUACCCUCACUGAUAAAGAUAAGGAGGUCAUAAGCACAUGGGGUGUUCGGAACAAUAUAGACUUUCUCUCACUUUCAUAUACCCGCCAUGCAGAAGAUAUUCGCCAUGCCCGGGAUUUUCUUUCUAAACUUGGAGACCUCCGUCAAACUCAAAUUUUUGCGAAAUUUGAAAAUGCAGAGGGAUUAACUCAUUUUGAUGAAAUCCUACAAGAAGCAGAUGGUAUCAUAAUUUCUCGUGGAAAUUUGGGCAUAGAUGUCCCACCAGAGAAGGUAUUUCUAUUUCAAAAAGCUGCUGUUUACAAGUGCAACAUGGCCGGAAAGCCUGCUGUGGUUACUCGUGUUGUUGACAGUAUGACUGACAAUUUGAGACCUACUCGUGCUGAAGCAACUGAUAUUGCCAAUGCAGUUUUGGAUGGCAGUGAUGCAAUUCUUCUAGGUGCAGAGACCCUGCGGGGAUUGUACCCUGUUGAGACCAUUUCUGUUGUGGGAAGAAUCUGUGCUGAGGCAGAGAAAGUUUUCAAUCAAGAUCUGUAUUACAAGAAGACUUUAAAGCAUGUUGGAGAACCAAUGAGCCAUUUAGAAUCUAUCGCUUCGUCUGCGGUACGUGCUGCUAUCAAGGUGAAGGCUUCUGUCCUUCUAUGCUUCACUUCAACAGGAAGAGCUGCAAGGUUAAUCUCAAAGUACAGGCCAACAAUGCCUGUGAUAUCUGUUGUUAUCCCUCGGCUUAAGACAAAUCAACUGCGCUGGACCUUCUCUGGUGCUUUUGAGGCAAGGCAGUCUCUAAUUGUCAGAGGACUUUUUCCUAUCCUAGCAGAUCCUAGACAUCCAGCUGAAUCUACAAAUGCGACAAAUGAAUCAGUUCUGAAGGUGGCUUUAGAUCAUGGCAAGGCAAUUGGUGUUAUAAAGCCACAUGAUCGUGUUGUUGUUUGCCAGAAGCUUGGUGAUGCAUCUGUGGUAAAGAUCCUUGAGCUUGAAGAUUAAAGCAAACAGUCCUAAUUUUGUCGUUCAAAUAAGGGAAACUAGAACACAACUGAGGAUUUCUGUGUUGUGCAUUAACUGGUUGUAUGGAGGAUCAUAUCUUGCGUGUUUACAUGUUUAGCCAAAUAUGAGAACAUUUACAAGUAACAACUAGGGUCCAAGGAAACUACAUGUACAAGAACUUGGAACCACUUUGCUUUGACGUUUUGGAUAAAAGAAUUGGUGCUCAAUGUCAAGUUUGAUGUUUUGCAAUGACAGUGAACAUUGUACUGGGACAUCUCUGCCCCAACUCUUGAUCAAUACUAUCGGCUUUAUAUAA